AUGCAUGUUUUUAUUAACAAACCUGAAACAUCUAUUUCUGCAGCUUCAACUUCAACUUCAACUUCCUCCUCCACAUCUAUUUCUGCAGCUGAUAUCAAUGUCACUCCUCUGAGACAGCUAGUCAUUAUGUCAACACGUAGUGAUAGAGAUUGGAUGUACAAAAGGUUAGAUCAUGGGUAUCUUAGCAUAGCAUAUCAUGCAUCCGUCAAAGGAUUUCUAGAUGUUGCUUUUUCUAAUGAAGCAACUGUUGAUGGAGAUUAUAUUAGAUGUCCUUGUUUUAAAUGCAAGAACAUGUAUUAUAAAACAAGAGGUGAUGUAGAGCUUCACUUGUUACAAAACGGUUUCACUCCUAAUUACACAACUUGGCGGGCACAUGGUGAAAGAAAUACGAUAUCUCAGCAUGAGGAAGAAUCUUCUAAUCCGAUGCAGGAUCCGAUGGAAGAUGAUGAUGAUGAUGAUCUUAAUGGUGGUCGUGAUGCUGGAGAUAGAAAUGCAUCCCAAUCAUACAAUGAUGCAGAAAGUCAACCUUCUUCUUCAGUUAGAGGAUCAAACAUCUUAGAACAAGUUCCAAGUAACCCAUCAAAAAGGAAGUUCAUUGAAGUCGAUUCUGAAAAGGAAUUUAUGGAUCAGAUUUCAGUGAUCAGAGCCAUCACAUGUAUACUGAAGACGAUGUUUGACGGCCCAUGGACCUCAUGGAAGAAGGUUGACAAAGAACAUCGUGAUGCAAUGUGGGAACACUUCAAGGGUUUGUAUGUUUGGCCCGAAGAGACUGAUGUUCUUGCUCGCAAGGUAUGGGAAGACUGUAUGAAGAAACGAUUUCCUGACGUAAUGCGAAGAGCACGUGAAGCAUCUUUAAAACUUGCCAAAGCUGCAAAUGUGAAUGCCUCACUAGAAGGGAAAAAUAACAGAAAUAAAUUAGAAGAUGGUUCUGUUUCCAAACAUACCGGGGGUUCUAUAUCUAUUCGUCAACAUAAGAAAAGAAUGCAAGCAAUUCUUAAACGCCCUCCUACAGGAGUUGAACUUUAUGCAAGGUUGCACACUAAACGGUCUACUCAAGAGUACAUUACACCAAAGGCAGCUAAAGUUAAGGAGGCUUAUGAAAGUGCUAUGGUGGCUAAGUUUGGUGAUGAUACUAGUUGCCACCCCCUCUUGGAUAAUGAAACAUGGUGUGAUGUUUCCGGAGGAGUCAAGAAAGGAAGAAUAUAUGGAUUCGGAUCUGUGUCUGAUCCAGCGAGCUUUUUGGAAGGAACAUCUAGUACAAUAACAUCCCAAGAGGUUGUCUAUGAACGUGUACGAAACGAGAUGCGUGGCGAAAUGGAUGCUAAAGCUGCAGAAAUGGAAGCUAAACAUCAACAAAUGCAUGUAUGCAGCCUUGCAAAAUAUGAUGGGAAAUUGAAAAGUAAAGGAAUGAGAACCGAAGAUGAUUGGAUGGACAUGAAACGAAGAUAGCAGCUAAAAUGUUAUUUUGAAGGUUAAACUUUUUUCUGUUUGUACCUCUUUUGCAUACUUUGGAUUUCUUGGUUCUAAAAUGUUAUUUUGAAGUUAAAUCGUUGGGAGUUUGAUGUUAUGUGGAUAGUUUCGUUUUUGGAUGUUUCUUGAAUGACACUUUGGUAAACUUUGAUAAUUUUGGUAUUGUAAUGCUUGAUUGUAUCAUUAUUUGAUGUUCUUUAGUAUAAUAAUUUGAUGAUUGUAGUAUUUUUUUUCUUUUAGAAUCAUAAUAAAAAAAAUGAUAUUACAAGUUCGUGGUGAGAAAAUAAAAAGUAUUUUAAUGCAUGAAUUUUGCGAGGGAUUAGCUACGGAAAAAAAAUCAUGUCUAAAGUGCGACGGAUCAGCGACGGAAAGGAAAAAAAUUUAAUGUAUGAACUUUGCAAGGGAUUAGUGAUGAAAAAAAUUCAUGUCUAAAGUUUGCGAUAGAUCAGCAACGGAAAAAAAAAAUAGUAUAUGAAUUUUCCAAGGGAUUAGCUACGGAAAAAAAAAAAAACUGUUCAUGGAAAUUUGCGACAGAACAGCGACGGAAUGCAUUGAGUGACAUUUAGUGACAUUUAGCGACAGAUAUUCUGUCGCUACCUUUGUGGCAAGGAAAAACCCAAUCCGUCGCUAAAACCGUAGCUGAGAAAUUAGCCACCUUUUUAUUACCUAUGGAGUGAAUCUGUCGCUGAUCCAUUGCAAACAGCAUUUAGCGACGGAAUAGCGACGGAUUUUUCCGACGGUAAAACCCAUGUUUCUAGUAGUGUAUUGAUAGAUGUCUACCCAGGAUAGGACCAAGCAACAUGUUGAGAAUGCAUAAAUUUCUUCAAGAGUUUGGAAAGAGAUUUAUCACUAGGAGUCAUUAAUUCUGUUCUAUCAAGAAAAUGCAACAUAAUAUUUACACUUCCAAGUAACUAUCUGUUUUCGUAGCAUUUUGUAUUAUAUCC